AUAUCCACAGACUGCAAAGUGUCGACUGUCAUAACAUAAACUGUAAUAAUUUUUCUGAACAAAGAUGGACAUUGCAAUUAUAAAUUUGGUCUAAAAGCAACGAAUAAUUUGGGAAUUUUUUCUAUAAACUAUGUUGGAAAAGCUGGAAUUCACGGACUGUCUGAAAGAUUCUCCGUUUUUUAGAUUCCAGGUCGAGCAAAAUGAGCAAGACAUUUCCAAGCUAGAAGUAGAACUAGAAAAACUUAUCAAGACUUGCAAUGCUGUCGUUGAAGCAGGAACUUCAUAUGGCUCUGCUAUGAGUGGUCUUAUCAAAGGUAUAUAUUCAUUAUCUUCCUACUUCAAUGGAGAUGCAAUUGUCACAGAAUCAUUAGGAAAAUUCAACAAUGUUUUAGAAGAAACAAGGCAAUAUUUUAUGAUAUUAAUGGAUCAGACAAGGUCCUCCAUAGCUAAUGCUCUUCAGAAAUUCCUGAAAGACGAAUUAAAAAAAGUUAAAGAAACAAAGAAGACUUUUGACAGAAUGUCUUAUGACCUUAACAAUGCAUUAGUAAGAAAUGCCCAGUUACCAAAAAAUAGCAAAGCAAGUGAAUAUGAAGAGGUGAAAAAUUUAGUUACUGCUACUAAAGUUGGUUUUGAUCAUCUUUCUUUGGAUUACACAUAUCAAAUUAAUGUUUUAAAAUCAAGGAAACGCUUAGAAAUUUUAGAUGUGAUGCUUGCAUAUAUGCAUGCACAAUAUUCAUUCUUCCAUCAAGGAUUUAAUCUACUAAAAGAAGUUGAGCCAAAAAUGCGUGCUCUUGGUAAACAGCUAGAAGAGCUUUCAGUGUCAUUUAUUGCUGAGAAGAAAGAAAUGGAAAACCGACAUCAACUUGUAAAAGCACAAAAUGAGUCUAUGUUUGCAACCAUGAAUCCAGUCGCAUCUUCAAUUAGUGAUGUUGUUCUGGAAGGUUAUUUGUUUAAAAGGAGUAAAAAUGCGUUUAAAACAUGGCAAAGGAGAUAUUUCACCAUUCAAAACAAUAAGUUAUUUUAUCAACACAAAUACAAGGUAAUAAUUAUCGGCUGGUGUAACUCAUUGGUUAUCCUCCAAGCAGACUCGCAACAAUUACAGGAGAUGUGGGAGAACGCCAUGAAGGUAAGCAUACAUCACGCAUUUAAUCUGGCAAGUCUUGAUCAAGACGAAGGAGAUGAAUCGCAAAUCUCAAAAAAAGCUUUGAGCAUUAAAAGCAGAAGUCUUGAAUCAUUAGAUAAACUUUCUUUAUUAAAUGCUGAAAAAGAGAUUAAAAGUGUAGCCGGAAACGAUCGAUGUGCAGACUGUGAUAAACUAGAUCCAAAGUGGGCAAGUAUUAAUUUAGGAUUGGUAUUAUGCAUUGAAUGCUCUGGUAUUCAUAGGAGUUUAGGUGUACAUUUUUCCAAGGUUCGAUCACUUAAUCUUGAUGAUUGGGAACCAGAAUCACUUAAGGUUAUGAAAGAACUGGGAAAUCUGGUCGUCAACAGAAUAUUAGAGUCAAGAACGGACACAUCAAAUUUUAAACCUUCCCCAGACAGCAACAGAGAAGAUAAAGAAGAAUGGAUCAAAUCAAAAUAUGUUGAUAAGAUAUAUUUUUGCCGUGAAAUAUGUCUUGAGAAAAUAAUCACACUUGAUGAACACAUUUUAAAAGCAUUGAGAAAAGUUCCUGAGCAUCAUGUUAAUGAAGUAAAACGAAAUAAAAAGAAAAUUGGAGGACGUAGAAGACCCAACAUCCCUCUCUUUAAACGAUUUAGUACUAAACCAGAUAAAAAGAAUACUGAUGUUAGCAAACGAAACUCUACAACAGCAACUCCUGAUUAUUCACUAGAGAUUCAACGAAAUUCAUCUCAUUUAAUUUCUUCUGCAUCAAACGUCUCCAGGACACCACAAGAGUUGGGUGAUGAAUCAGAUAUGAGAGAUAAACAGGAAGAAACUGUCUCAUCUCAACUCCCCCAAAAUAUGGAAGAUAACAUUCAUACUGCCAAACUAGUCAGCUUUGACCGAAACUCCAUUGGGAGUCACUAUGACAACCUUAUCAAUCAAGAGGUUUCAGAUGGUAACGAAAGUGAUCAAACAGAAGAAUUCCAUGAGUCAGAUAUUGAGAUGAAAGAGGGGAGUAGUAAAGAGGUUGAUGUUUGGAGUAAUAAAACAGAUACAACAGCUUGUGAAGACAAUCAUUUGCUGUUGGCUGCAAGAGAAAUGUUAAAGAAUAUUCCUGCAAACUUGUUAUUGUAUAAAGCCACAAACUGGAAACAUUUGUCUUUGAUGUUGCUAGCAUUGACAGCAGGUGCAAAAAUUAACUGGCAAAAUGAAGAGGAUGAAUUGAAAACAUGUUUACACCAAUCAGUUGAAGCAGGAUAUCUAGCUGGCACAGAAUUUCUUCUUCAAAAUGGUGCAAAGAUUGAUCUUCGUGAUUCCCGUGGUCGUGCAUCAUUACAUCAUGCAGCUCUUUUGGGACAAACUGGGGAGGCUUGUUUGCUCUUGAAGAAAGGGGCUAAUCAGCAUGCAGUGGAUGAAAAUGGACAGGAUGCACUGACUAUUGCUUUGUCUCAGAUGCAAGCUGACAUUGUUACACUAUUACGUUUGUCACGUUUGAAUGAUGAAAUGAAAGAAUCAAGUGAUGUAUUAGAUAAUAAAGGUAACGAAUGCUUUAAAAUGCCAUUAAAAGCAGGUCAGUGUGAGAUUAUAUAUGCUUGUCAAAAAGAUGAAGAAUACGAAACAUUCUUUAGAAACUCUUUAGGUGAAAUUUUACAACUUUCAACUGGAACACAGCAAUGGAUUAAAUGGAAAGAAGAGAUUAAAUUUUGUGCAGAUAUCACAUAUUAUAUUAUUACCACUCUUUCUGGUUACCAAACCUUGGGUGAAGAAUAUUGUAGCCUUGUUCAAGUUGACAAUACAGCUAGAACUGUACCAACAAGUUGGCAAAGAAAGUUGAUGGUUGUUAUACAAGUUAUGAUUCCUUAUCUUAUAAGAAAGUCAUUAAGACAACUUGAGCAGGCCUUGCAAUGUUGUGUAUCACAUUCAAAGAUGAAGAAUGUGAUUUUACUUUUGGUUCCCCUAUUAAGACAAUUAAUAAAUGUUUUACAAAGGUUUCAUUUGACGAAAUUUUAUUUUUCAAGUGUUUAUUAUGAUAUUGCCAAACGUAUUUCUGGAAUUCAAUAUGUUCUUGCACAAGGAGUGACGAGGAAUGAAAAUUAUCAUUACACCUAUCAAGUUCUUGGUUAUAUAACAUUUCUACAUUUCUUGCUAUCUCUCAGCAAAUUCAUUCAUCAUGCCAUUCAAACAUUUUCCAAAGUAAAAGAGGCAGUAGAAGCCAACAAUGAGAGUGAAGUAAAUUCCAUGCCUUUAAAGAAAAUGAUUAACUCAAGUAAGAUAUUAAAAUGCACACUUUGUUUGGAGAAACUUCAAGAUAUAACAGCUACACCUUGUGGUCACCUGUUUUGUUGGUAUUGUAUUUGUCAAUGGUGUAAGAAUAAACCACAAUGCCCUCUAUGUAGAGAAGAUUUACAAACUCAACAACUGGUCUAUUUACAUCAUUUCCAUCCUUCAUGAUGAUUUGUUUGCACACAGUAAUAAAUAAGAUGUAUAUCA